CUGCACUACGGGACCGUCCUGGGCAGCAGAGCUUGUGCCCACAUGGCAGCAGCUGCCUGGGCCAGUGCCUUUCUCAAUGCUCUCAUGCACACAGCCAAUGCAUUUUCCCUGGCCCUGUGCCAUGGCAAUGCCCUGGGCCAGUUCUUCUGUGAAAUCCCACAGAUCCUCAAACUCUCCUGCUCCAAAUCCUACCUUAGGGAAUUUGGGCUGCUUGCUGUUAGUGCCUGUUUAUCAUUUGGUUGUUUUAUGUUCAUUGUUUUCUCCUACGUGCAGAUCUUCAGGGCUGUGCUGAGGAUCCCCUCUGAGCAGGGACGGCACAAAGCCUUUUCCACCUGCCUCCCUCACCUGGCCGUGGUCUCUCUGUUUGUCAGCACUGGCAUAUUUGCCUACCUGAAGCCCCCCUCCAUGUCUUCCCCAUCCCUGGAUGUGGCAGUGACAGUUCUGUACUCGGUGGUGCCUCCAAGCAACGCAGUGUUUUUGGGGGGGCUGGCGGAGGAUGCCCGGAUCGAUAAAAUCUCUCCGCCGCCAUAUGGGCUGAAAAUGGCGACCAACCGCGUGGUGGGGGUGGGGUCGGAGCCUGAGAAAAAGGCAGAACAGCCGGGAAGUGCUCGGUCUUUCGAGCCGGGACGAGUCUGA